AGGCAUGAUGGAGGUGGGAGGUAUAGAUAGUGGCUUGGUGAGCCUAACUCUUCUCUCCUAAGCCGAGGGGACAUGAAUCUCCACCGUCUAACCAGAAAAGAGAUUGGAGAGCCAGGAAAUACCCUUUGCCAUUCUUCUCCUCAUCUGCGAUGCCUGCCUUUCUCUGCCAUCCCUUCCUUGCCCUUCCAGCAUCCUCUUUUCCUCCCUGCCCUGUGGAGUUGGGGACAAUUUGCCCUUGAUUUCACUAGGUUGUACUUGGUGGCCUGGGUCUAAGGUUCUUUGCCAAGCACAGGCUUCCCCUUCCCAGAGAUUAGGGUUAGCUCACUCCUUCUGGGGUUUGUCUUCUGAUUCCUGCGGGAGCUACCACAGAGGAGCCACUAGAAUCCGAUGGGCUCUCUAGGACAGGCUGGGGGAGGAACAAAGGAUUUAGGUUAGAUAUAGGAAAUAAAUUCCAGAGGGCAAAAGAUAUUAUUCCCCAUCGGAUUGGGUGAGAAGCUGCGUGGAUCCUGGUUUUGCAGGUCUGGUUUAGGAGGGGGUGUUUGUUACCUGAAGGCUAAGAGUCCUUUGGAGUCCCUAAGGUCAAGCACUUAGAACUGAAGGGGUGUCUAAUAUAAUAUCCUCAUUUUAUAGAUGAGGAAACAGGCCCAGAGAUAGGUAGUGAUUUGCCCAGAGCUACGCAGAUAGUAACGGUCAGGAUUUGAACCCAGGUCUUCUGACUCCAAAUCCAGUACUUUCUUCCAUGAUGCCGUGCCCUUCCUGACCACCUUGCCCUACCAGCUCGAGAUUUCUAUGAUUCUGAUUCUUCCAGGAUGUACGAGCGGUCAUGGGGGCAGCCUCUCCCCCAAGCACCACUGCUUACCUUGGCCUUCCUCCCCAACAAUAUCCUGAUGCUGAGUGAGCGGCACAUGGAGACUCCAGCAUCAGUGAUUUUGUUGAAGAGGGUGGCUGCCAGCUUCUUCCUGAUCUGCACUGCCCUCCCCUCCCCUGAGGCCUGUCCCGGGAGCAGGAAGAGGAGUGCCGCUCUUGGAUCCUGCCCCCACAACCGAGGACACGCUGCCCGGGACCCCGUAGCUUGCUUGGAGCAUGGCAGCCUUGGAACAUCCCAGCUGGGAGGCCAGCCCCGCCACCCCUCCACCCUCCCAGCCCAGCCACCAGCCCUGGACCCUGGCCCUUGAGCCAUAUGCCUUUCCUAGCUGCUCUAGUUUUGUCAGUGAAAAGCUUGGAACCUUGGACCCAGACCACCACAGACAUUCCUUUGCACAAGAACUGUUUUUGACUAAGGGCAGCAGGGGGAGCUCAUUUCAUCCGAAACAGUAAUUUCAGCCUCUUCUCUCACCAGGCCUUUUCCUAGAAAAGCAAACUGAACAAAUUCAAAUUCCUUCCUUCCUUCCUUCCUUCCUUCCUUCCUUCCUUCCUUCCUUCCUUCCUUCCUUCCUUCCUUCCUUCCUUCCUUCCUUCCUUCCUUCCUUCC